AAGCACACGGGUGGAUCCGCUUUCAUCUGGACUGCGCGGGGCAGCAGUAGGAAAGCUUCUGGAGAUAGGAGGAGCCGAGAACCUCAGCCCCACGUGGAGCCUUUUUACAACAAAUGCUGGAGCCUGGAGCCACCAAAGGAGCAAUACAAACGAGAGGACAUCCUGAAACCUGAGUGUGGCCAGGUGCCUCGGCACCCCAGCCUUCAGUCCUUGGGGCCAGGCAGGGCUCGUGCCAGCCCCAGGGAGGGUUUUAUACCCUCUGCGAGCAAGAGAUGACUUUUUCUCAGCCUUUUCACUGCCAAGGUCUGCUCUAAGCAAGGUAUAACAGAAAUACCCCUCUGAUCUGCCAGCAAGUAUGUGCCUCUUCAUAUGGCACCUGGCAGCCCCUGCUCUGCCUCCUGCAUAGCAUCUCAGAAAGGGGAAGGAACACAAAAAAAAAACAACCCCAAAUGCAAAUUAUUGCACUGCUGAGCUAGCUGGACACGAAGAACAAUCUAUCUGUGAUUCCAAGCAGAGAAGCAGUCACAAAGUUGGAAUUUGAAACAAGCCCAAUCAAGCCCGGCAAGCAAAGCACUGUGGGCACACGGCUCUCGGCGGUGUUGGGCAGCACCUGCGCACAAAGGAGCGGCCGUUUGUGGGUGUGUGAGCACGGGGAGGGCACAGCCGCCUUGUCUUGGCGGUGCUGGAGCGCUUAACAAAGGGUGACAGUGACAGAUAGUGGCUUGGCAGGUUGAGUGGGACACUGAGGAAAGCAGUUUUCAUGGUGAAGGGUGGAGCAGGCCCUGAAACUGUCACAGCUGCGUUGAUGCUCAGUGCCUGGGUCGGGCUGCAGCAGCUCCCGGCUGGGAGAUGAACCUCCCGUUUCACCUGGUACCCGUGCUGUGUCCCCUGGGUGCUGCAGGUGUGUCCCCGCUGUGACAGAUGGCUGCUCAUCCAGCUGCUGGGGGCUGUGGAUGCUGCUGGGAAGGGACCAGUGGGGACUCCUAAACCCUGCCGUAGGACACAAAGACCUGGUGCAGUGUCUGCCUGGCCUCCAUCCCACUGCUCCCAGUGCCUCCAAGGGAAAAAUCACUCCGGAUCCUGAGAGGAGCUUUGGGGAGAGAGUUCCUUUGUGUAAACAUGUUAGUGCGUUAACCAGAAAUGGAUGAGGGCAUUUCCUGCCCUUGCAGAGGGUGUUGUCUUGUUAUUCUUCCCGAGUUUCUGGAUAGCAGCCACUGUCUCCUGGCAUGGCUCUGUAGCCAGCAGAUACACGCUCCAGUCUUUCAGGACUUGAUGAACGUCCCUGCCCACAUCACCUUGCUCAGCACAACAGGGUUGUCUCCCUCAUUGGUCCCAUCCCUGGUCCCACCUGAGUUGGGUUUUGCUGCACAAAUCGUGUCAAGCAUGGCCCCAGCGCAGGAGGGCCGUGCACAGUCCAGGCGCUGUGGCUGAGUUGCCUGGGCUGACUCUGGCAGCAGGGACAGGUCUUUGGAGAGCGUCUGGGGCUGGAAACUAAUCCUGGGGAAAUCCCAAACGUUUGGGAAGUGGGAGGGGAGCCUUGGAGCUUUCCCUUUCCUGGGCUCCUGGUAUGGAACGAUCGGGUAUGUUAGAGCAUAUAAACCCCAGUUUUUUUUUUUAAUGCAAGACACUCACAGAGUGCCAAUUCCCCCUUGGCUCUCAAGUUUUUUACAGCUCUGCAUUUCUCGAGAAAUCACUUUAUUGCCCAAUUUCCCAUAAUGGGCAAUUACAGAGCUGUGUGUGCAGCCAGGUAAUCCCCGGGUGUGCUCAGGGCACUGCCCGUCAUUGUGCCACGCUGUGUGGCAGCACAGCUCCUUGGUCACUGCACCCAGACGUGCAUUUGCAGAGUUUUUUCGGUGUCGGUGCUUCCCUGGGUGUUUGUUGACCCGCAGUGCAUCAGCUAUGAGCCUGCAGAGGUGGUUUGCAGGUAGCGUAACCACAGUAAAUACGUCUCUUUUCCCUUGAUUUCAGGGCCUUGCUUCCCACGUGCGGCUAAGUUUCUGGAUGAGAGAAGCAGGAGCUGUGGAAAGUCCAGAAAUUUUGGGACAACGCCUGGCCGACCACAGGGAUGAAGGAGGCAGGGGCUGCCUACACCAACACCCUGGCUAAUUCCCCUCUCCUGGGGUGGUCACCAGGGUGGGAUUGUGUCUGUUGCCAUCGGCAGCAGGUAACAGGUCAGGUGAAGAGCCGCCUGACCCCGACCCCCGGGGCCAGCAGCAGUGGCAGUGUGGGAGCGCGCCCGGCUGCGCGGUGCUGCAGGGACAGCUGGCACGGCCGGAGGUGCGAGCUCAGGUUACGCAUUGUACAGAAAUGAGUGGUGCUGUGGGAGCCUGACGAGUUUCCCACUUUCGGCAGCUGGGGCGUAUUAAAGGGGAGCAUUGGGGCUGGCCGCUCGUCCCAGCCGUGUCGCUGCCGCCUCAGCAUGGCUGGGCCGGGGGGUGAUGGGGACCUGCGGCACCUGCUGAAGCUGCACCGCACCGAGAUCGCCAUGGCGGUGGAUGAUGUCUUCCCGCUGCUGCAUGGCCUCGCCGACCACGAUGUCGUCCCCGAGCAUGUCUUCAAGGAGACGCUGAACCAGACGGAGCGAGAGGGCUCCCACCGCGCCUUCCAUGCGCUGCUCACUUGGCUCCUGGGCCGCGAUGUCACCGCUGUCCGUGCCUUCUGGGCGGUCCUCUUCAAGGACUACAACCUGGAGCGCUACACCCGGCUCCGGUCCCUCCACAGCGCCUUCCCCAAAGAGGUGGACCUCGGGCGGCAGCGCCGCAGCCGGCGCCUGUCCCCCAGCCCCAUGGCACCGGUCCCACACAGACCCCAAGGCAAGAGAAAAGCCCCUGAGGAGCGGGAUGGGGCCCGCAUGGCACAGCCCUCACCACGGCAUGCCGCCAGCCCCGGUAUGGAGACCCGGUCAGGGUGGAUGGAGGGAAGAAACGUGGGGGGGCACUUGCAUCAUGUCACCCAGGGUGACCUGUCCUCCAACACCCCCAGGGCCUCUGGCAAAGGCAAAGACUGUGAAGAAGCCAGAGAGUGUGGACACCACACGCUCACCCUGUACCAGCAGCAGUGCCAAGGCGGGCAGCAGAGCUGGGGACGAGCUUUACGACCCAGCUGCUGGCGAGGAGCCUGGGGCCAGGAGCAGGAGCCGCAGCCAGAAACCCACUGCCCGACCCAAGGCACUCCAAAGCGUACAGUGUCCCCCCCACAUCACCUUACAGCCGUACGAGCCCUUCCAGCAGCAGGGAUCCUCCCUUCCCUGCAGCUGUUCCAGUGGCUGCUGGUUCCCAAAACCCCUCUCCCGUUUUGCCCGCAGAGCGGGGGGCUGCGAGCAACACCCCAGAGCUGUCUGCCAGCGCCCACCAUGCACAGCCAGGACCCCACACCCCAGCAGGUGUUUGCAGGGCAGGUGCCGAGGGAAGAUGUGUCGAGGAGGCAGUGGGUGACAGCGUCCACUGGUGCCACCCAGGGUGGCAAUGGCAGCACCCCCCUGCCCGCUCCCCCAUGGCAGGAGAAUGAGGAUGAGUGCGCAGCGUGCGGCGACGGUGGAGAGCUCAUCUGCUGCGAUGGCUGCCCCCGGGCUUUCCACCUUGCCUGUCUGGUGCCCCCGCUGCCCCGCGUCCCCAGCGGGACGUGGCAGUGCGGCUCGUGUGCGGUCAAGCUGGGCCAGCUGCAGGAGGCAGACGAGGUUGCAGAUCAGCCCCCCGCGAUCCCUGGGGAGGAAGAACACGGUGCCCACGUGGGCAGAGGCAAUGGGAGUGUCUGCAGCCGCUGCUUCACCAAGAUCCCUACACCCCAACACUGCCCUGCACCCAAUGGGAACCCUGGGGGGCUGCUGCUUUGCAGUUCCUGCCUGGGCACCCCAGAAACGGGCAGCGCAAGGAGCACCGCAGUUGCUGGAGACCGCGUGCAUGAGGCAGCCAAGGCAGAGUGUGGCUCCCCCAGCAGUGACCCCAUGUUGAGCAGAGAUGAGCUCGAUGCCCUCCUGGGCGAGGGCGCAUGGGACGGGAUCCUGCAGUGGGCUUUCCAGAGCAUGGCACGGCCCCUCGCAGACACCCAUGGGCUCUUCGUGUAGUGCAUGCAGCUAGCACCGGGGACCUGACAGGCUGCAGGCCAAUCCUAAAGGGCACCUGUGCACUGGUAAGAGCACAGAUGCUGAUGUAUUCCAAUGACCAGUAAAUAAUAAAAGAAGAUAAAAA